AUGGUAAAUGAACUUAAAGAAUUAUCAAAAAAUGGAUUAAUAACUGAUUUUGGUAAGAAACGUGUGGUUGUUAGUGGCUUUUGCUGUGAUGCACCGGCUAGGAGCUUCAUAUUGAAGACUAAGGGUCACACCGGAUUUUUUUCUUGUUCGAGGUGUACAAUCGAGGGUGUAUAUUUGGAAAACAGGGGAGUUAUGAAAAAACUGAUUUUAUUGUGGUUGGGCAGUAUAAAAAAAGCACCUUUGUCAGUUCGUUUAGAGACUAUAAAAGUACUAACUAUUUCCAAUAAUCUUUUACUGCUUAAACCAUUUAUUACUUCAGAUUUUUCAAGACUUCCUAGGGGUCUAAAUGAAGUACCUAGAUGGAAGGCCACAGAGUAUAGAUUAUUUCUUUUGUACUCUGGGCCUAUAGUGUUGCAAGGUAUGCUAAACGAAGACUGUUAUUCCCAUUUUAUAUGUUUACAUAUAUGCUUUAGAAUUCUAUUAACAUCUAACGUUGAAAGUGAGCUGAUACAUUUUUGUGAAAAAUUGUUGAUAUAUUUUGUUGAUAAAUUUGGGAAAUUAUACGGGAAACACUUCAUAUCGCACAAUGUUCAUGGGUUGUUGCAUAUUGUAGAUGAUUAUGCACAAUAUGGUGCUCUUGACAAUUGCUCUUGUUUUCCUUUUGAAAACUUUUUACAGUUUUUAAAAAAAAUGGUUCGGAAAUUUGAAAAACCUCUAGAGCAGGUUAUAAAGCGUUACAACGAAUAUUUGACAUUUUCUGAAUUUAAAGAUUCUACUUGCAAAAAAGACAUAGACUUUAGAAAGCCACACAAUGAAGGGCCAAUUAUUGAUCAAUUUAAUGGGUCUCAGUUUAAAUGUAUUAUAAUAGAUGAUUUUAAAAUUGAUACACAGUCCAUUGCUAAUUGCUAUGUUGGUUUUACUAAAGAAAACCAACUUCAUAUUUCAUCAUUAAGUGAAGCAAAAUCAAAAGCAAGUAUUGCUAUGUAUAGAUCUGAUUUUACUGACGAUGAUGAUAAUAUAUCCAAUUUGAAAAAACAAAACUCACCAGCGAGAUCAAAUGCAUCAAUGCCUCUGUUUUCUGAUUCAGAUAAUGAAAACGAAUCUUUGAUGAUGGUUUCCAAAAAACCAUUUAUAUCAAUGAAAUGUGUAUCUGCCGGUUCUAUUAAAAACCACACAAAAAAACGUCAAAAUGGUUGGUCCCCAUCUCCAAAAAAAUUUAAAUCAAUAAAAACUCAUGUUGAUGAGGAGCAGGAUGUUGCUAUUCUACCAUCACCAAAACCAAGCACUUCAACAUCCCAUGCUGAAAAAAGUUCUACAGCUAGAAAACUUUCUUUUACACAUGACGUGUCUGACGUUUUUGAUUUCAAAAAAACAAAAAAUCUACCCAUUCAUUCUACAAUUGAAAGAAGAAAUGACAUCAAAGAACAGGAUCCUGUUGCUUUAUACCAUAAUAAGUCUAACACCCCAAUUAGUAUUUCUAAUGUAGUACCUGCAGAUCAAAGUCUGGAAACAAAAGAUACGGCAGCAAGUGUUAGCUCUAAAGCUUCUACUGUUUCACAUGAUACUAUUUUUCAAAAUAAUAUGAUGCGUAAUAUGGCAUUUUUAAAAGUGGAAAUGCGACAAAUUCAAAGUAACCAAUCAGUUAUGUUUGAACAUUUUGAAUCAAUAUUAACUCAUUUACAAGGCAAUAAUACAUAUACUGAUAAAAAGAGUUUGUCUCAAAACGAUUUUCAUGAUUGCCCAUUACCCUUAGAUAAUAAUAUUGAUUUAAAUACCAUAGAAGACAAAAUUGCUGGCGAUCAUCAAUUUAAAUCACGUUUGAUUAACGAGCUGUCUUAUAUUGGAGGAAAAAAUUGCAAAGCCAUGGUAAAAAGACUAAUGUCAAAAUUGUUUACCGACGAUCUUUUAUCUGAUUACUCUUAUACCGGUAAAAAGGGUAAAAAACCAUUUUCAACGCUAUUCAUUUGCUCAGUUAUAUUUGAUGCUAUAAAAAAACAAGUGAAGUUCUCAAAUAUUCCUAAAAAUGAAAUUGAAGAAACAAUAAAGCAAGUAUUAGCUCAAGCUCCGUUCAACAUUAAAAGAAAAAUGGACAAAAAAACAUGUGCAAAUUCCACUACUUGAUUAUAUUAUUUAUCAUUUUAUUACUUAUCUAAAAGACUAUAAUAAUAUAUA